UGACCGUACGCGUGCUAGCUUCAAACCGCUAAUGGACGUUUGAUUUAAUAGGCAUAUUCCCACCUUUGUAUACACGUGUGUGCUCACCAGAGACAGAUGAGUGUCAACGGGCGAACAUGUGUGUGUGUUUGAACGAGAGCCAGAAAAAGGGGAAGGGCCUCCAGUGAACGGACAAAAACAGCUGCUCUUGUGUGCUCGGGAAACUUCAGCCAGAGAGAGGGAGAGGAAGGAGAGGACCGUCCGGGUCCAGGUCUCUAUAUGGGUUGCGCCCUGAGUACGGAUAGUUGUGGGGACGAGCCUGAUCCGGUGCCCGUGAGAGGGUCUGUGAGGAGGGAGAGAGCAGAAUCUAGAGGAAGCAUGAGACUGACCAAGGCGGGAAAGGGCGAGCCCCACAUCUUUAAAGAGAAGACUUUCAAAAAGAAGCGGCAGUGUGGGGUGUGCAGACAGAGCGUGGAGAAUUUGGGCUCUUUUUGUCGAGUCUGCAAAACAGCCACUCAUAAGAAAUGCGAAGCCAAGAUCAACACAGUCUGCAUCCCUGCGCAGUCCUCCGAACUGCGGAGGGGAGCGUCCUCCUCUAGACACAUUCAGCAUCUGGGCUCGACCAAGUCUCUGACAUACACCAAACAGAGAAACACUCUCCCCAGGAGUUUCAGUGUGGACCGGGUGAUGGACAGAGUGAUGGAGAGACAUUAUGAUUUCGACCUCACCUACAUCACGGAGCGGAUCAUCUCUGUGUUUUUCCCCCCUCUGCUGGAAGAGCAGAGGUACCGUCUCAAUCUCAGAGAGGUGGCAGCCAUGCUCAAGUCCAAACACCAGGACAAGUUUCUGUUAUUCAAUCUGUCCGAGAGAAGACAUGACAUCACCCGUUUAAACCCAAAGGUUCAUGACUUCGGUUGGCCAGACAUGCACGCUCCUCCGCUCGAUAAGGUCUGUUCCAUGUGCAAAGCCAUGGAGACCUGGCUGAACUCGGACCCCCAGCAUGUGGUCGUUCUGCACUGCAAGGGCAACAAAGGAAAAACAGGAGUUAUUAUCGCUGCCUACAUGCAUUACAGCAAGAUAUCAGCAGGUGCCGAUCAGGCUCUCAGCACGCUGGCCAUGAGGAAGUUUUGUGAAGAUAAAGUGUCGUCUUCUCUCCAACCCUCUCAGAACAGGUAUAUCUACUACUUCGGAGGGCUUCUCUCGGGGGCCAUCAAAAUGAACAGCAGUCCUCUCUUCCUCCAUCAGGUCCUCAUUCCUACCAUCCCAAACUUCCAGGAGGAUGGAGGAUUCUUCCCUUUCCUGAAGAUCUAUCAGUCCAUGCAACUCGUCUACACUUCUGGCAUAUAUGAUCUGCAGGGCUCUGGAAGCAGAAAGCUGGUUGUUACUAUCGAGCCUGCACUAUUGUUAAAAGGAGACAUUAUGGUCAAAUGUUAUCACAGGCGCGUUCAGGCUGCCGAGAGGGACACCGUGUUUCGACUUCAGUUCCACACGUGCACGAUACAUGGAGCUCAGCUGUGGUUUGGCAAAAGCGAGCUGGACGAAGCCUGUUCAGAUGAUAGAUUUCCCUCUGAUGCCAUAGUGGAGUUUGUGUUUUCGUCUGGUCCAGAGAAAAUCAAAGGUAGAGCGAGUCAGAGGAAUGAUCCAUCUGUGAGUGUGGACUACAACACAAAUGACCCUGUGGUGCGCUGGGACUCUUAUGAGAACUUUAACCAGAGACACCAAGACAGCUUAGAUGAUAUCGCGCACACACGAGGGCCUCUUGACGGAAGCCUGUACGCACAGAUCAAAAAGCGACGCGCUGCGGGUUCCGCCUCCCUUCCCUCCACCAACGGGAGCCCUGCGAGAAGCUCAGAGGAGCGGCCCAGUCAUCUCCUCUCUGUCAGCACCGAUUCUGGACACUCGUCUGUUCCUCCGGACCGCCUCGAUGAACCAACCCUACCGGCCCCGCCCACCCAGCAGGAGAGGGAGGAGCUCGAGCGCCUGCUCGGCGGGAUAGAGGGUGACGGAGUGGGAAGAGAUCGCGACCGAGAGACGGCCAUUUUGGACGACGGCGACUCUUUGCCUCCCGAACGGACAGGGUCACUGAGGUUAGGCCGCUCGUGUUCGUGUCGGGUGGGAUAUCGGUCCCAGCAGUGUGUCGAGCCCGGAUGCGACGGACUUCAUCAUUUAUCCAACGGCUACUGCCUCGAUCGACCCGCCGCCACUAACGGACACGCUGGUGCGCCCUCUCCAAGUAUGCCAUCCAUCAUAGGGCUUUGCCAACACCACAGUGCCCAUCCUCACCAGUCGCUGCCACCUCCCGACCUCCUCUGGGACCGCCAACAAGGUUCACAGCACUACCUUCACCGCACUUGCUCGGAGGGACCCUCACGUCACCUCUGUUCUUAUCCUUCCCAAGACAUCAGCCCACAUCAACAUGGUAUGUCACCCAAUGGCCGACUGCUCUGCAGGGCUGAUGAUUACAUUCCAUACCCCCAUCAUCACCACAACCAUACUAAACCCACCGGCCCCUAUCAUGAUGUCAUGAUGCUAGACGGCCUUGUGCCGCCCGGCUGUCCCUGUCGGGAUUGCUGUCUUCGCCGAGAAGACUUCCACACCCUCCGAUUGGACAGAGAGGAGGGACUGCACUGGGAAAGGGAGGCGGAGCUACACCGAGACGCUGGCUUAAGGCGUGGCAGAGAGUCUGACAUCCCAAGAGGGGCGGAGUUAUGGGACCGGGAGGCAGGGCUGAGGAGGGGCCGUGAAAUGACGCUCCACUGGGACAGAGAAGCAGAGCUACACUGGGAGAGGGAACGAGAGGCGGAGUAUUGGCACAGAAGGGCCACCGUAUCCCCUUAUGGGCCCCACGGUCAUGACCUACCAGCAUUUAACUUCGAUCCCCUCCCCGCCGGCCACCCCGCGUACCCCGAACCGUCCCGGUCUCACUCUCAUGCCCAUCUGGACCUCAAAUACAGCAGCAGCUCCAGCGGGUACCAGACACCGCACCAGACGUGCCCCUGCUCACCCUACCAGCCGUCGCCCUCUGAGAGCCGUGGAUAUGCAUCAGGAUACCAGUCGGAGUCUACGUCACCCCUCCCUCCUACCUCUGCCGCUUGUCCUGGUCCAACACAUCAUGCCGGUGGACCUACAGACAACCAGACAGAUCCACACCCUCAGCAAUACACCUCUGACACAAAUACAGAUUGCCCUGGUGCAGAUGCCAUAGGCUGGCGUAAUCACAUUACCCAUGUUUCCCUGCGACGGACACAUCACGCUCCAUGUUCCACACCCUCUGAAAUUUCAGGACCUCCAACACCUGUCCACACCAGCAGCCCUUUACGAACACAGGAGAGCCCGAGUGCCCGUGAGUAUGACUCGAGAGACAUAAAAAGCGAAAACAAUUCGACCCACUAUCAACACAGGCCACACCCACCAGACCAGCAUUCCCACGGAACCAAUCAGGUGCUUCGACACGCUGCCCUCCCCUCCAAUCAAGAGAUUCCCGAGCCCCACCCGUUCCCAGCCACGCCCGCAACUCAGCAACACUCCACCUAUUCCCCGCCUCGAACCCCACAAGUCCCCACCACGCCAGAACACCCCGCCCCCCAAACCCCUCCAUCACAAUCCACGCAACCACCAACAAACUGCUCGCCUACAGCGCCACCCAGAGGAGAAACUGUAUCAACACCACAGACACAACCAGAGACUGUAACACAAACAACAACACAACCGCCCUCCUCCUGUCCCAUCUCUGAUGAAUCCAUCACGCCUCGCAAUGGAGUAUCACAAUCACCCGAACCAGACGUCCCCAAACCUGCUUCCCCACAACCGCCCGCUGCCGACCACGAAAGUCCCGAACCCCCCGUGCCCGGAUUCGCCACUCUGGGCAGGAAGUUAAUGUUGGGUACUGAAAGCUCACACAUGUGCUCUGGUAUGGAUGGAAGCCCCCAGUCCACCCCCACCUUCCCUGUUUCUCCAACAGGCUGCACCCCGUCACCUCCUCCAGGCUCCUACUCGACUUGUCCAGCCGUUCCACAACCUCCUCUGCCCGAGAAACGCCGCCCAUCUGGUUUGCCCGGCUCACCCAACGGACGUUCCGGAACCCUGAGGGCGUCCAUGGGUCAGCACCACGUUACAUUCUCUCCUUCAGUGGGGGAGCUGACCGUGUCUGCAGGACAGGGGGACGUCGGUGGAGAGGGCGAGAUGGGCAGCCGUAUCAGUGUGAAAUUUGUGCAGGACAGCUCACGGUUUUGGUAUAAACCGGGCAUCUCUAGAGAACAAGCUAUAGCAGCACUGAAGGAAAGAGAGCCGGGGGCCUUCCUCUUCCGAGACAGUAACUCUUUCCAGGGGGCUUACGGCCUGGCUCUGAAAGUUGCCAGCCCACCCCCCAACAUCAACAACCACAGCAGCAAAGGAGGGGACCCUCUGGAUCAACUGGUGAGACAUUUUCUGAUCGAGACCGGGCCACGAGGAGUGAAGAUCAAGGGCUGUCAGAAUGAGCCAUACUUUGGGAGUCUUUCAGCACUGGUGUAUCAACACUCCAUUACACCCAUCUCUCUGCCCUGUGCCCUCCGCAUCCCAGAGAAAGACCCAAUAGGUGACGUCCAAGAGGUUCAGCCAUCCAGUAAUAUGAGCACAGCUGCAGAUCUUCUGAAACAGGGAGCAGCCUGCAAUGUGCUGUACCUGAACUCAGUAGAGACAGAGUCACUUACAGGACCGCAGGCCAUUGCUAAAGCAACCGGAGCAACAGUGUCACGUAACCCUCGACCCUCUGCCACAGUCGUCCACUUUAAAGUGUCCGCUCAGGGCAUUACACUGACAGACAGCCAACGCAGAGUGUUCUUCAGAAGACAUUAUCCAAUCAACAGUGUGACGUUCAGCAGUGUGGACCCACAAGACAGGAGGUGGACUAACACAGACAGCACGACGUCUAAAGUAUUCGGCUUUGUUGCUAAGAAGCCCGGGAGCGUUGCAGAGAACGUGUGCCACCUUUUCGCAGAGCUAGAUCCUGAACAGCCGGCGACGGCCAUCGUCAAUUUCAUUAACAAGGUUAUGCUGGCACCACAAAGACGCUGAAGCGCGUGGAUGAAGAAUAACAUCUGCACGCACAACUGUCUUAAGGUUCUAACAUGGCUUUACGCAUCUUUGGUCAAAGACAAAGAAAGACUAAGGGCUACGACACUACAGAAGCGUGUAGUUUAGCCUUAAAAACAAAAGCUUUACUGCUGAUAUUAUACCAAAACAACAUGUACAGAAUGUAAGCAACAGGGCUCCACGGUAUUGAAGGAAAACGCCAUGUGCGACACAAUAAUGCUUCAAGUAUGUACAACAAGAUGUGUUACUUGAUUCGUUCUGGGAACAUAAAGCAUCAUUACAGUUUUUUAUAGCAAACAGUCAUACUGUCACAGUGCAAAAAUGUGACAAUUUUAUCGCAAAUCACGAUUCAUCACAAUAAUAUACCAAUAAAUGGUGGAGCCGUAUUAACCAAGUGAAUUUUGUUAGAUAGUUUGUUAAUAGGAUUGUAAAUGGCUUUAGCUGUUACAUAAAAUCAGUCAUAGCACCAAAAAUGCUCAACAUAGUCUCAGCAUCAGGGGUCGUCCAAAAGAAAGCACUGCUAUUGACCCCUAAAUAAAAGAAAUAUAUGCACUCCAGAAUGUAUGAAUUGCACAGAUAUAAUGACAAUCAGCGGUUAAUAUUUUCAUGUCAUUUGUUGUGAUACUUUAAGUCAAAUAGUGUUAUAACUUUAUAUUGUUUUGAGGUGCCGUGGUUUUUCUCCAUCUGGCCCAGUGUGUCAGCGAACGGCAGCGCAAGUUAAAGAGGUUUGAGAUGUAUAGAUGUAUAGAUGUAUAGAUGGAGGACCAGACAUGGCGUUGCGAGCAAGCUUCUGGAGUUCCAGUAUAGAGAGGAUUUUUAUGUCAUGUAGGAUGUCAUAAUGGAAGGCUGAUGGUCAUGUGAUUUAUUACCUGAGAGAAUUCGGUAAAGAGUAGGACAGACCUGUAUUUCGUCACGUUAUGGUCGACAAUAUAGACAUCCACAGGACAUCAUUUAUGUAACAUCAUCACACUUUUCUGUCACAACGUGUAGUAGAACAUCAUAUUGGAAUGUAUUCGGUCUUUAAACAUGACAAGUGGAAGUCUUCACUUUUACAAUACGAGCGGUUUAAAAAAUCCGCAGUUGUUUAUAACCAAAGACAUUUGUGUAUUCAUUCAGUUACGAUAUAAGCUGUGCCAUUUCUUUUACAUGCCUUUAUCAUCGAGUUAUUGACCGAUAGCAAGACACGUCUAUGACAACGUUAAUAUAUUGUGCUCUGUAUCUUCUUAUUGAGCUUUGUAUGUAGUAAUAUAUUUUCUCACAUGCAGCUGACUUGGAAAGUAAAUAAGACUACAUGGAAGGAAAUUGAUAA